AUGGCGGACGUUUCCCCACGCCGCGUCGACAGCCGCCCUGCUGCGGCCAAUGCGGCGGCGACGGCGACAGCAACGGCGACUCUGACGGCGCCGACGUGGGACUUUCUCACGGUGCACACGCGGCGCGCAUUGAAACGGCGACACAGCGAGCGCGACGAGCACGACGAGCGAGAAGGCCGGGACGACUCAUGGGAUGCGUCGGAGCAGGAUACGCGGGAUGCGUGGGAUGCGUGGGAUGCGCGGCGCAGCACCAAUGGCGACGAUCCGAGCCGUCUCAUGUCUCUCAUGCUCGCCAACUCCUCCUCCGCCCACUCCGCGCGCCCCUCCUCCUCCGCCCAUCCCGCGCACCCCCGCGCCAAUGACGCCGCCGUCGCCACCGCUAACCCCAGCCCGCGACCCCUCUCCGGUCUAGCAGAACCAGUUACCCCCCCGUCGGCAUUCCCGCCAAGCGUCAAACCCGCCGCAUUUGCCGGCCUGGGAAGUCACGGUCACGGUCUCGCCCCCAUUUGUGCCACUCCCGCUUCGGUUUCAGCUUCUCACGCUGACUCGCUCCAUGCGAGUCCUGCCGCGUUUCCGCCGCCGCCGCUGUCUGCGCUCUUCACACUCCGCCAGGCGUCCAUCCCCCGCGGCGCGCUGCUGCCUCUGCCCGAGCUGCUUCUCCCCGGCCUGCCACGUGGCGGCCCAGGGGCUGCCUCUCUGCCAGAGGCUCUUUUCCGCCGCCUGCUUGACUGGGUUGACCGGGGCAGCAGCAGCAGCAGUGGUGGUGAGCUUCCCAGCAGUGGAGUGAGGCCUGAGCUGCCAUCGCCUGCACGCUACCUUAAGAGGUGCAAGGUCGUUGCUGCUGAUGUUGGUGAUGCUGAUGCUGCUGCUGCUGCUGCCUCUGCUGAUGCUGCUGCCUCUGCCACUGCUCAACAGAAGACCUCAGAGCGCCCUUCAGCAAAAGGCAGCACUCCAGCCAAAGCCUCUUCCCCCACCCCGCCAGUCACGCCGUCAAACGAGGAAGCUGCGCCGGCUUCAUGGCCCAAGGCAGGGCCUGCAUUGGAGCCUUCACGGCCUGCAUUGGAGCCUUCAGGGCCGGCAGACAAGGGCCUUCUGACUCAGGGGGCUGCGGUGCUGUGUGAGGGCCAUGCGGAUGCGGUGGAGAGCGGUGGAGAGAUGGCGAGCCCUAGAGGGGAGCAUGGAGAUGUGGGGAUGGUGGGCGAGCAGGCAAUGGGGGAGAGUGGCGGGGCGUGUGAGGAGCAGAUGCGGGAGCAGCUGAAGCAAGCUAUCAAGGAGCGGCUGGCGCAAGCACAGCUGCUGCAAGCACGCCUGCUGCAAGCACGCCUGGUCCAUACACAGGUGCUGCAGACACGGCAGGUGCUGCACUCGGAUGGGGAAGGCGAGCACACCUCGUGUUCAACGGCUGCCGGCGUUGCUCCACGGUCGCCCCCCGCACUGGUUCUUCAGGCGACCCAGAAUAAAUGCUCACAAGGGGAAGGUGCACCCACGUCAUUCUCACCUGCUGCUGUCACCACAUGCUCGCCUGCUGCGGUCACCGCAUGCUCUCCUGCUCCCGUUGCCGCAUGCUCGCCCACUGCAUUGUCCACCACGGCAGGGCCUGUGUGUGCGGCGGACUUGAACCUACCGCCCGCUGACGUGGCAGGGGCGAUGGAGAGCGAGGCAGUGGUUGUGGAAAGCGAGGAUGCGGAUCUUGCCCUGGCUGCCAUGGCAAUCGAGUGCGAGGCGCGGGAGGCACGGGAGGCGGGGAAGGCGCGGGAGGCACGGGAUGCAGGGGGUCUACCUGCCUCUGAUGAGUGCAUGGCUGAAACUGACACUCCUUGCACCGCUCCUGGCUGCAGUGCACAGGGAGAUUUUCCUGGCACAGCAUGCCCUGCGGGUCGAGAUGCCAGUGCCGAUGCCCCUGGGAAUGCUCCUGGGAUUGCCCGAGAUGCGGUGUUUCUGUUCGCUUGUAACCUGGGAGCUGAGAAGGUUUCUGGUGCUAAUGAUGUUUUUGCUGCGAACAGCAGUAAGCUGGAUGGUGCGGAUAGUCGGGCCGGGUGCUUAGAUUUGACCUUGCGCCUAUGA